AUGACAGUGGCUGGUGACGGUACAGGUGGUUCAGCUGCCAAUCAAUUCAUCAAUCCUGCUUGGAUCUACAUUGAUGCAAAUGAUACACUAUAUGUUGCCGACCAUCACAAUUAUCGAAUCCAAAAGUGGGUCACAGGAGCGACAGCUGGUGUUACAGUGGUCGAUGUUAGCUCUAUUGGAGAUCACCCUGAAUCCAUAACUUUUGACAAGAAUGGAUUUCUAUAUAUAACAGGUCAUAGUAAUGAAAGGGUGGUACGAUAUUCUCCAGAUUUCACCAGCAAUACCAAUGUUGCAGGAAUACCGGGCUCUAGUUCAUUAGCAUUGACCAAUCUCAAAUAUCCUUUGGGCUUAGAUCUUGAUGAUGAGUUAAAUCUUUACGUUGCUGAAAGAGGCAACCGUCGAGUCACGAAAUGGACUCCAAACGCAACAAGCGGUAUAAUUGUCAUUGGUACUUCGUCCACUCCUGGAUUCUACGGACUUUUACUAUCCUUAUAUUCAUCUACAGAAGCUUAUGUUAGCUCUGAAGAUACGGAUACGGUCUAUUUAUGGGCCUUCAAUGCAACUACACCUAAAGUAUCUCUUACACAAGUUAAUGACACUUCUACAAUGCUUAGGAAUCCUAGAGGCUUGAACUAUGAUGUUUAUGGGAAUCUGUAUGUUGCCGACAAAGGUAAUCAACGGGUGGUGAUGUACUGCGUCAAUUCAACAAUUGGUAAGGUUGUAGUGGCAACUACUACUGCACCUCGACUCGACUUACCAGAACAUAUUGUAUUUGACUCGAAUAUGAAUCUCUAUGUGGUUGAUUCAUCUAACGAUUUUGUGGUCAAAUUCGAAAGACUAUAA